UCCUGACUUGAGAAUUCUACAGUUUUGUUCAAGAAAUGCCAUUCACCAGCAUGUCAGAUGUCAAUCCUUGCCAGGAAAUAGUGAUCGAGGUUGAGUUGGGAUAUAUUUAGUGCAGUUUCAUAGAAUCAUGGAAGAUGGUCAGAUCUCAUUGACUUCUGUGGCAAUUUGUUUCGCUGAAUAAUUUUCUCAUCAGAUCGAAAGGCAUUCAGUUUUUUCUUCCUCCUCUUUAUAUUUUUGCAUCCGAAUUCUCUCUGAGUGCUGCUACAUAUGAAUAACUUCAGGCUUUUAAUAUUUCUAGAUUCAUCCUUCAACUACAGUGCAAAUGAUUUUCUCAUCUGUGUAUAUGGAAGGGACUUUGAGAAUCUGUGCGCAGCGUAAACACUCUGAUUUGCUUGCGUAAACACUCCAUAUCGCAUCGUUGAAUCUCAUUGUAAGGCAUACGUCGUCGUCGGGAUAUCGUGUUCCUUUGGACAAUUUAAGUAUUAGCAUGCAAGAGAGGGCAUGAAAUGGCGUGUGGCCUUCUCCAAGUGACUUAAAUAACAAGCCUUGGGAGCCUCCUCAAGUUUAGUCGCUUGUUGCAUCUCAUCUCCAGCGCCAUUCUUUUAAGCAAUGGCUUCUCCUUUCUCUCUUUCUUCUUCUUCUGCUUCAGAUCAGAGAGCCCGAUGCAGACCGCUGCGGAGGACUGCGGCCUGCUGGCCGUCGACUGCGUGGUGGUAUGCUGCUGCUGCCCCUGCUUGCUCCUCCGAGUUACGCUCUUCCUUUUCAUCAGAUUACCAGUGAAGUCGACGAGAAUUGUUCUCCGGCGGAUCAAGAAAAGGCUGAAGAAGAAUGGCAGGAGCAGGCAGGAGAUGGACGGGAAAGCAGCAGCAGUUGACGGAGCUCCAGGACACCUCUGCGAUCUCUGCGAGGGGAGCUCUUUCGCGGAUGAAGCUGAGAAGGUGCUGCAGGGAUUGCUGGUGGAUGAUGAAGGUAGAGUGUGGGUGGAAUCAGAGAAGGUGUGGGAGGAGUUGAUAGGGGAUGAAGGACUGUUUUGGUUUGGCAGCUUCUGGGGCUGUGACGCUUCACGCGCGUAGUCAGUAGUUCCCAACUUGUAAAUGAAUUGAGAUUGUUGAUGUACAGGAGAAAUGCCUGCAAGAAGUUCACUGCUUCGUACUAAUUAAAUGCCUCUUUGUUCAAUAAUUUUCAGGACAAAACAGAAUAGAUCGAUCCUUAUUUCCUCUCUCGUAUGACAAAAUGGUGGCAACUGGCAGGAUGAGUAAAAACAAGAACGAGGAAGCAAGUUGUUCUACUCCACCAAGCCACGAGAACAAGGAAUUGCAGAGUGUAACUUGGUGAGCAAGAGUCUUUCUGGGUAAAAAUAUCUGGACUGGAUCCUUGUUCUUUGUACCAUUGAUGAACUCUCUACACUGAGAAUCUGAGAUCAAUGGAACUACAAUUCUUGUGAUUAUCAUACUCAACGCAAGCAUCCCUGUAGAUGAUUGCAAUAUACCAAACACAUGGCGAACAAGGCGACCUGUUUGAGCUGUCCAUAUUCCAAAAGUCUUCCUCAACUCAAGUAAGGGAGGUACGCGAGGGCCACAUGCAUUU